AUAUAGGUCUAGCUAGAUAUAUACUUGUGAUCGACCUAACUGUCACUGUACUUUCUCCGGCGAGUCCUCGUCUGUGAAACAUGAAGAGUCCAGGCAAACCCAUGUCUACUUUUGGCCUUGUGUGUCUACUGCUUCUCAUCUUCAAUACAGAAGCAGCCACCUUUCAUGAAGUUGAGGAUGAGAGAGAGUUUGAUUAUUUGGAAGGGAGUGGGAAGGGACCUGAUCACUGGGGAGAGCUGCAUGAAGAAUGGGCGGCCUGUAAGAAUGGAGACAUGCAAUCCCCAAUCGAUCUGUUGAAUGAACGGGUGCAACUGGUGCCAGGAUUAGGGAGACUCAAGAGAAGCUACAAGCCUUCAAAUGCCAUCCUCAAGAAUAGGGGCCAUGAUAUUGCGUUCCUCUCUGAGCUGAAGAAGGGAAUAUGGUCUAUAGCUGAUAGCAAAAAUGAGGUGGGAGUGGGAGUGGUAGACCCAAGACACAUAAAGAUAGGAAGCAGGAAGUAUUAUAGAUACAUGGGCUCUCUUACUGUUCCUCCAUGCACCCAAGGUGUCAUUUGGACCAUCAACACCAAGGUGAGAACCGUUUCCAAAGACCAAGUGAAGGCACUGAGAGACGCAGUUCAUGAUUAUGCGGAACAGAAUGCAAGACCCUUACAGCCUCUCAACAAUAGAGAAAUCCAUCUCUAUCGGCCCCAGGAUUUGACAAGAGAUCGACGCAACUGAUUGAUACAUACAAUUAGUUGAAUAUGACAGUUUCUAUGAAUUAUUAGUUAACAGUUGAAUAUACAUGUAUUCCAUUCUUUGACGUUUACGUGAGUAUACAGAGUACACAGCUAUAUUUGGUGUUCAAUUUUGAGUUAUUAAUUAGUGUGAUGUUAUUUUGUCUCUAUGCAUGCAUAUGUAUGACGUAUAAUAAGACUACAAUUCAUUCUAUAUUAA